AUGGCAGUCUUUAGUCCGGGGACUGCCUCUGCAGGAAAUUCUAGAAUAGAGCUCAGCAUCGAGUGUACCGGCCUCUUCGAUGCCGAUGUCUUCUCCAAGAGUGAUCCCUUCGUUGUUGUUUAUAUGCAGUCAGGAUCAAACGGAAGUGGAUCGAGAAGAUGGAACGAAAUUGGAAGAACCGAGGUGAUCAUGAAUAAUUUGAAUCCGAAAUUUUCAAAGAAAUUUGACUUGGACUAUGUCUUUGAAGUCGUGCAGACGCUGAAGUUCGAAGUUUACGAUUUAGAUGAAGCCUCCUCAAAACUUGACAAGCACGACUUUCUCGGCGAAUGUCAAGUCAAUCUUGGAGAAUUAGUCUGUGAUCCGAACGGCAUCAGUAUUCCUCUAAAGCAGCGCGACGGCUCCAUUUUCCAGGGCCAUUUAAAAGCUCGUGCAGAGGAAUUGCUCAAGUCGAGAGAAUUCUUCAAGCUGCGAUUCGAAGCAAAUGGCGUUUCGAAAGGUCUCUUUGGCUCCGGGUUCUUUUUUCAAAUUGAAAGAGCAAACGAAGAUGGCUCUUUUGGAGUGGUCACGAGGUCCAAGGUGUUGACGUCUGGCCCUUAUGUCUGGAGUCUUCCGAUAAGUGGAGAGAAGCUCUGUAAUGGAGAUUUAUCGAGGACCUUGAGGAUCGGCUUUUGGAAGUAUAAGGGUAAUGGAAGUCAUAAAAUCCAAGGCUCGUUCGAGACCGCUGCUAAGGACCUGGAACAAGGACAAACUUGGAGGAUCGACAAGAAGGCGUCAAUCAAACUUUUGAGGAAAGAAAUAGAAACGAAGUACACUUUUGUCGAUUUCUUGCAAGGCGGGAUGGAGAUGAAUUUCGUGGUGUCUAUUGAUUACACCGGGUCUAAUGGUGACCCGCGCGAUAGUAGAAGCCUUCAUUAUUCAGGAGCUAAUCAACCCACGCAAUACCAUAAAGCCAUUGUUGGAGUGGGAGAAGUGAUCAAAGAUUACGAUACAGACAAACUUUUCCCAGUUUUUGGAUUCGGUGCGAAGAUACCUCCAAAUGGCGCGGUUAGCCAUAUGUUCCCUUGUAAUUUCAACCCUGGUAAUCCGUUCAUGAACGGAGUCGACGGAAUCUUACAGGCUUAUUAUGGAUGUCUACCUCAAAUUCAACUCUAUGGUCCGACUAACUUCGCCCCAACGAUCCUGGAGGUCGCAAGAAUGGCCAAGGACCCGAGCAACCUAUCCAAACCUGUUCCCGACUAUUUUGUACUGAUGAUCAUCACAGACGGCGUGAUAACUGACAUGCAGGCGACGAAAAGAGCGAUCAUCGACAACUCAAAUUUGCCUUUUUCGAUCAUCAUCGUCGGAGUGGGAAAUGCUGAUUUCGAUGGAAUGGAAGAACUGGACUCGGAUGAUCAGCUUUUGUCGCUUGAUGGUGCUACGGCGAAGAGAGAUAUUGUUCAGUUUGUGCCCUUCCGCGACUGCAGUGACUUCGCUGCCGACACUAUCAACGCCAAAACUUCGCUCGCUAUGCAAGUGCUCGCAGAAAUUCCCGAACAAGUUACUUCAUACAUGUUCCAGAACAAGAAGGCCCCUCCGCCUUCUUAUUAA